AUGUCGACUGUACCGGAUGGUAUCAUCAAAGUAUCUAUCAAUAUCGACGGUUUACCAUUAUCAAAGUCAUCACAGAAACAGUUGUGGCCUAUAUUGGGUUCUGUGAAACCAUUAAAAAAUGUUUUUGUAAUUGGCAUAUAUUACGGAGAAGAAAAACCAAAGGAUGUAAAUGAUUUCUUAAAGGAUUUUGUGAUAGAAGCAAAACAGUUGUGCACGGAAGGAAUAUAUAUUAAAGAUAUUCUAUUGCAAUGCACAAUUGACUCAUUAAUCUGCGACAUGCCCGCAAAAUCGUUUGUUUUAUGUACGAAAGGACACUCAGGAUAUUCGAGCUGUCCUUCUUGCAUUAUCGAAGGUGAAUAUAUUAAUGGAAGAGUGUGUUUUCCACAAAUCCGUGCUCAUAAAAGAACAGAUGACGAUUUUAUAAAUAAAACCGACGAUGAAUAUCACAAUCCCAGGAUUACCAGUUGUUUGUUAGAAAUUCCUGGUUUUGGCCCAGUUACAAACGUGCCAACUGACCCAAU